UUUGACAUAUUGUUUGUUUUCGUAAUCUUUCGGACUUGGAUGAUGUGAUUUCGAUAAAUUCCGCAUUCUUUUAGGUGCAUAAAUUAUAUUAUCAAACACAGAACCAGUAAUCCCCUGAAGUAGUGAGUGUGUUUCACAAAAUUCACCCUUGAAACAGUGAAAAUGGGUCCACCGCCUGUAGUAACGGGAAUAUCUCCGAAAGAAGGUCCUCCAGGAACGCGAGUUACUAUACGUGGAGAAUUUCUAGGGAGUAGCGCUACAGAUUUGAUAGGUUUGAAGAUCUGUGGCUGUGAUUGCUUGUUAUCCGCUGAAUGGAAGAGUAAGAACAAGAUAGUGGCGCGCUCGGGACCCUGCAAGGGUCGCGGUGAUAUUAUCGUUACCACACGUUUCGGUGGGGAGGGAACUUCUACUGUGCAAUUUAGAGGUUACCACGAGUCCAUAGGCCCAGUGAAAGAAAGUGCAGUAUGGGUAGAGGAAGCCGCCCCACCUUCUCUCCCAUGGGGCAGGAGACCCAUGUCUCCUACAGCAUACACCCCUCCUGAUCCACUAGGGCUGUCCACUGAGGGUGAUGACUGCAAGUUCCCUGAGGAGGAACUCAAUGAAUUGUUCCCUGAUGGUUCUGGCAAGCUGUCUGAUGAUAACUUCCAACCAGGCUGGUAUUUGUUGGAGCAUCACAGUAACACUUCAUAUGAGGACCUUAAAGCUGGCAUGGUAUUCCUACAAAGAAAGGUGGAAAGUCAAAAAGAAGGUCAGUUGAGCUUCUUGAAGGCUAACACAGGAGCUGUGAUGGAUCAACUGGACAGACUGGUGCUGCUCAAGAAUAUGUAUGAAGAGGAUGAGAGGAAGAAUGGCAAGGAACCUUUGCCUAGUUUACAAGCUGCUAUAGAGGAAUCGAUAACCCUAGCAGAUUCAUUAUUCUCUGAGAUAUUAUCCCGCAAGGAAAAUGCAGACAAGACUCGGGAAGCUCUUUCGCUAUUAACGCGUCAUAAGUUCUUGUUCCAACUGCCAGCAUCCAUAGACAGGAAUAUUAGAAAGAAGGAGUAUGACCUAGUGGUCAAUGACUAUACUAGAGUGAAGAACCUUUUUGGAAAUACUGAUGUUAAGUUGUUCCAAAAGAUACUCGCCGAAAUCGACAAGAAAAUCGAAGAUUUGAAAGAAAAGUUGUACUUGAGAAUGAAAACUAUGCCUAUCAAUGUUCAAGAGCAAACCAAGUAUAUUAGGUUACUUAUAAGUCUGAACUGGGAAGGCGAUGCGGCGUGGGUUGCCAUCACCAGUCGCAAGGAGUACCUCAUGAGCCUCAUGAACAAGGUCAAGGAUCACUUCAAACUCAAGGAGGAGCAGGAGUCCAAUGAGAAAGGCAAGCGCAAGCUAAAGGAGAGUGAAUGCGAGGGCGGGUGGAGCAGCGUGCGCGGCGCGUGGUGCGCGGCGGCGGCGGGCGCGCUGGCGGCGCAGCUGCACGCGCUGUGGCCGCUCGCGCGACGCUACUUCGCCGGGGAGCUCGCCGGCGACCCCGCCAGUGCACAGCGCCAGGCGGAACUCAAGGAGAUGAUAAUAGCAGCAGUACAGCUAUUCUCAGAGCACAUGCGAGCGUGCCUGCUGUCACCCGGCGGCGGGAAGUUGCUGCCCACGGACGCACUGCGCGUGCGACUCGUCGCUAAUCUGAGGCAUUUGAGGGAGGCCUAUGAUUCGCUGCUCAAACUUGAUCUGCCGUCACAGCCGCUCAGCAUUGUCGAGAAGGUGAUCUUCGACUACCGCGUGCACGGCAUGACGGUGUUCCUACAACGCGCUCACAAGCGAGUCAAAGGUCUCGCUGAGAAGGAGACGUGGAAGAUCGAGGAGUAUACCGAUUAUGGAGCUAUUACUAAUCUUCCACAUCUCUUGGAAACUUACCUAAACGAGGCGUUCUCCGCGAUCCACAAGUGUGUGGUGACCAGCGGGCGGCGAGAGAGUCCCCUGCUGGGCGAGGGCAGUGACCCCUGUGCCGUGCUGCAGAAGCACACGCAGCAGAUACUGCUAGCUUACGUGUCUGUGCUGGAGGAGCUGGCGCUACAUCAUGCUGAUCAGGAGUUCAACAACAGCAACCUCUCAGUGGCACUGGAGCAGCGAUUGGAGGAGACAAGCCCGGAGGGCGGCGGCGCGGGCGCGGGGGGGCUGAGCUGGCAGCAGCAGCUGUUACUGGCGGGGGCCAACGCGCACUACUCCAGACGCGUCACGCUGCCUAACAUCGCUGCCGCUAUUGACAGUUUCGGCUUCCCAAAACAGACAGAAGCGCUUCAAGAAACCAAAACAGCUCUGAGUAACUUAGAGACGACCAUAGCUGAAACGUAUUUGGAACACAAAGGAGAUCCGUUGGUAGCUACCAUAGAGCCCAGCAUGGAUAUGGGAAGACAUAGAACUGACGCCGAUGCUGUGGUGGAUGACGCGAGGCCGUAUGUCUACGAGAUUAUCAAUAACUUGAUCGCUGUUCAUGCUGAGGUGGACGCAGUAUGCGGUGCAGCAUCAUCUCGCUACGUGCGCGACAUUUGCGCCACCGUAUGCGAAGAACUAGCGCGGCUGGCGGCCACCGCGCCGCCGCCAUCAUGUCCGGCCGCGGCUUUCCAAGCAAGGCUGGAGUAUACACUGCUGCAUAGAGCUACUGCUGAACAUCUGUCGCGUGAUGCUGAGAACUAUCUGAUGGAAGCGUUAGCCAGCCUCCCACAAAUCGAAAGCGAAGAAGAACAAAGACGGAUGGACAAAAUUGUCGACGGCUUCAAGAAAAGAAUGGAGCUGCAGUUGGCCAGCUUAAACUGUAAUAUGGAGACUGUGUAAUGUAUAACAUUUUAUUUGUAUGUAGAACAUAUAGGCAUCAUAGUAUUAUUUAUCUUAGAUGUAUAUUUGGUUCAAAACCAAAAGCUUUUUAUAUGAAUUAUGUAUUUACGAAUUGUUUAGGCGUUAAAAAGACGUUAAAAAUGUAUUUCGUAUAAUU